UUUUUAAUUUAAACAUGAAUGCCUCUAGCUCAGAAAGAAGCUCUUCGCAAACUCAAAUUUUAUCAAACCAGCAGCAUGAAGAGCCUGAUGUACAAGUUCAAAGAGUGAUUUCUACCGAAGAAGUGCCGAUACUCGAAGGCCAGAUUAUCACAAUCCGUAUAAAGACCAUGGAUGAGCAGGAGAAAUAGGGUCCAAGUCUGCCAAAAUGCCAAAGUAAUUGACUUAAAGCACAAAAUCCUAGAAGAUCUCUCUGUACCACUGGAACGACAACGCCUCAUAUUCAUGGGCAAGCAGCUUAAGGACAAUCUUACUCUUCAUUCAUACAAGAUUAAAGAGGAUGUUUGCAUACUUCUAGUAGCGAACAGAGCACAGAAUAGAAGUCAGCCUCCAAGAAGGACCAGUCAGGGACAAGACCAGAACCAACAGAGCGAUGAUGACCUUGAAUCAUUCUUGUUCACCGCGCUUAAUGAAUCUGCUCAGAUGAGAAGGAAUCGAAGAUUACUAUUCCAACAAAACGCUAGCUCCUUCCUUAGAAAUAUCAGGCUGAAUAUAAGCGAAAGUAGGGAGGCAAUUACACAAAAUAUUGCAUCGACCCAGAUGUUGUUAGAUACCCGCAAAGAGAUAGAAGAGGCCAAGGCUAUUCAGCCAAACUCUUCCGACCCAAUCGACUGAUUCGACUUCGACCGGAGGCAACUCAAGAUCGGUCAAUGGAUAGAUGUCAAAGAUACGAUAAACCAAUGGCUUGAGGCUCAAGUUGUCCAGAUCAGAGAUACCAGUGUCUAUGUUCACUACAAUGGAUGGGGGGCUCGAUGGGAUGAGUGGAUCCAAAUGGACUCUUCUAGGAUUGCUCUCUUUAGGACACAUACAAUCCAAGCUGCCACAAGCAAGUAUCUAAGCCCAUGCCCUAUAAAUCCUCCAGAUUCCGCUGAGAACGUCUCAGUCCACUGUGAAGAUGAAACAAUGCUGGAUAACUUUGAAAAAGUGAUCGAACUAUCUUCAGAAUCUCUUGCAUUAAUGAAAAAGCUGAAAUCUCUUAAGAAAUAAAUACAGCAAGAGAAGAAAAAUUCAGCAUGAGAAGUUCAUAUUUUCUUCAAAUUUCCUUACCAAAAUUCAUGAAGAAAGCAAGCUAGAAAGUUGCAUUGAGGAAACCAAGGAAGAAAUAGAUGCUGAGGACGAAGAGUUUGAGAAUAAAUCAACCACAGAAAUGGCCGUGGAGAAUUCUCUUCUACAUCAGCAGAUCAUGUUGUUAUCGGGACAAUUAGCCCCGGUAAUGGAUCGAAUAGGCCGGAUACAUAUUGAUUUCUCCCCACAUCUUCUUAACUCUGUUGAUCGAUAUAAUGAUGACAUUAAUAACCAGCAGAGAAACGGCCAGGAAAAUACUGAGAGAAACAGGACACAUAAUCCAAGAAGACGGAGCAGGCUCCAAAAUGAGAACAAUGAUGAAAGUUCUGACAAUGACCUUUCAAGAAUAGCUGAUAAUGGGUCUGAACAAGAAUCAAACCAAGAGAGUCCACAGCCAGAGCAGGCCCAGAGCCAAAAUAGAGGAGAGAGCAGUGAAAUUAGAAAUAGGCUCAGAUCUAUUUCAAGCACCAUUAGUAGAAUAAGAUCCUCAAUUAAUUCAAUGAGAACCAUGAUCUUUGAUAACCUAGGAAGAGAUGAUGGUUUUGACCUUAAUGCAUCUCUAAACGAAGUCAGGGAGGAGCACAAGGUAGUGGUCAAUGCCCAAAUUCCACUAAUCUUUUCCCCAGGUGAUAUCGCAUCUGUUCAUAACAGGCUGAAUAGGUUCAUUUCCGGUCUCGCUAUUGAUCAAGGGUCUUUAGACAGGAUGCUAGAUCGGCAAGCAAUGACUGGAACUACGUCUGAAGGAUUAUUAGAGAACAUUGCUAAUGGUAAUAACAAUGAGAGGAGUUCCUCUUCUUCUAGUAUUUCAAGCGAUAACCCAAGAGCGAAUAAUAACGAUAAUAGUGAUGAAAAUAAUGAAGAGGACGAUAAUGAAGAAGCCCAAAGUGAUGGAGAAGAAAGCAAUAGUGACAAUAAUAGAAUCAACCAUCAUCGUUCAUCAGGCUUAUUUGACCUUUUAGAACUCCCUGAGUAUGAUAGAACGGAAUUUGGAAUCUUCGGGAAUAACUUCGGAGGAUUUGGAGAUGGUCCUGAAACAAUAGAAUUCCAUAUCCACACCUAUAUGCCAAACAGGCCACCCCUAAGUACAAAUACUCCUUCUAUUGCCAUUCCUGAGGUACAAACGCCUCUCCAAGACUCGCAAAAUCUCCUUCACCCUCUCUCAAACAGUUCUAUCCCCACGCCUCCAAGAUCACCAGAGUCUUUAACUCUGGUCUCCACUGGAGUCCAGACAGAAGGCAUCAGGAUCAGGCCUGACGCGAUCAGCCGGGCAGAACGAGUUCCUCGAAGGGCAACUGAUGAAGACCAGUCGGGCUUCAAUACAAAUCCGUUCAGAAGGACAUAAACCUAAAGACACAGAAUAUGUGUUUCUAUUA